AUGGCAAAUUAUUGUUCCACCAGAAUCUUGGUUGCGGUGGAUGUGUUUUUCAUACCCAAUUUCCAUGACGGGGUUGAAUCUUGUUCUGAUCCUAUCGUUUCCCUUUCUCCUGUUUCUCCAGAGGAAAAUGCUGAAGGCGGAGAUGUAAUUGUUAAAGAUGCUGUUGAUAUUGAAUCAAAUAUUGGUGAUACAAUGGUUUGUCGCGAUAUUCUUCGAUUAUUAAUUAUUAAAGAUUUUAGAUAUUUAAUUUCUUUUUUUAUUUCAGAAAUCGAUUGA